GGUGCUGGCGCUGCGGGUGUCGCGAGCGGGCGGAGCGCGCGCGCGCAGGCUGGUUCCGCUUGGGGCACCUAGGGCUCCUUAAAGGCAGCGCGCGAGCUCCCUGCCCCCGCCACGGACUAUGUCGGUGUCCCCCGUGAAGCGGCCGAAGAUGGAGUCGGUGCUGGACCAGCUCAGACACCACACCACCGUGGUGGCUGACACCGGGGACUUCAACGCAAUUGAUGAGUAUAAGCCCCUAGAUGCCACUACAAACCCAUCUCUGAUACUAGCUGCUGCUCAGAUGCCAGCUUACCAAGAACUUGUGGAUGACGCAGUUGAGUAUGGAAGAAAACUUGGUGGGUCAGAAGAUGAGCAGAUCAAAAAUGCUUGUGACAAACUUUUUGUAUUAUUUGGAGCUGAAAUAUUGAAGAGGAUACCUGGCCGUGUGUCAACAGAAGUAGAUGCAAGGUUGUCCUUUGAUAAGGAAGGAAUGAUUCAGAGGGCCAGGCACCUCAUUGACCUUUAUAAGGAAGCAGGAAUUGGUAAAGAUCGUAUUCUCAUAAAGCUGUCUUCAACAUGGGAAGGAAUACAGGCUGGCAAGGUUCUGGAAGAGGAAUAUGGGAUUCACUGCAAUAUGACCUUGCUGUUCUCCUUUGCUCAGGCAGUUGCCUGUGCUGAAGCUGGAGUUACUCUAAUUUCCCCAUUUGUAGGACGUAUCCUGGAUUGGUAUGUUGCAAGUGGGGAUAAGAAAACAUAUGAGCCUUCAGAGGAUCCAGGUGUGAAGAGUGUCACUAAGAUCUAUAAUUACUACAAAAAGUUUGGCUACAAAACUAUUGUGAUGGGUGCUUCAUUUCGAAAUACAGGAGAAAUAAAAGCACUUGCAGGCUGUGACUAUCUCACUAUUUCACCCAAGCUUUUGGCAGAGCUCAGCAAAGACUAUGUCAAGUUAACUCCCACACUCAAUGUUAAAGAUGCUCAGGCAUAUGAUCUUGAGAAAAUCCACCUGGAUGAGAAAGCAUUCCGCUGGCACCACAAUGAAGACCAAAUGGCUGUGGAGAAGCUGUCAGAUGGGAUCAGAAAGUUUGCUGCUGAUGCAGAUAAACUGGAGAGAAUGUUAAAGGAGCGAAUGUUCAGUGCUGAAAAUGGGAAGUAGGAAAAUCAUCAUUUUCCUGGCUGGUCAAGGCUGAAUGAGUGGAUCACUCGCAGUUAAAUGGAUGUACAAAUGUCUUACUUGUAAAAGUCUUACGCUAUAUAGGGAUAGAUUUCUGUAUUAUGCUUUUUUAAUCAAUUUUUCUGGCACUCUUGUCAAUACAUUCAAAUUAACACAUACUUUCCUUGUAAUCUGAUCAUUUCACUACUGCAGGGGAUUCAGUUGAUUGGGCUGACAUAGUACCAGUAUUCCAAGGAAAGUUAUAAUGCUGCAGUUUGGAUUUUUAAAAAAAUCAUUUUUUUGUAUACACUUUCCUAACAAGAGAGUUUUUGUCUUUUCAUAACCUUACCAUGACUAAAAGGGAAAAAAAAAAUCCCUUUUCUAGCCUCAGAGAGAAUCUAAUUAACUUUAGGCUUUUUCUGAUGAGCAUUGCCUAAAGCUGGUUAGAAAAGUAACUUCUUUAGGUUGUGACACUUAAUCAUUGUAAUACCAGAGAGCUGGACAUACAGGCGGCUCUGCAUGUAUGUGUAGAAUAAGUGAGGCUGAAUGCAAGAGGCUAGUCUAUGUUUUCUUACUGAGAUCUCUAAGCAUGAAUCCUCUGCUGUCUUGUCUGUUCAGCAUUGUGCAAUGAACCCCUAUUCCUGCUUCAUCUCAGCAGGUUGUCUUAUACCAGCUUGGGCUUUUUAUUUACCACUGGUUGUCCUUUCUAACAGAGCAGAUCUGGAACAGUCCUGGCUGCUCAAAGUACCAAAUUAGGGUAAAAACACUGAAUCAAAAAGCCCCUUAUGUUACAAACACCAUCUUCUUAAGUGUCGCUCUGCAGGCCAGCAUACUAAUGCAGUUUUUCCCCACCGUUGAAGUUUAUUUGCAGUGAGGCACUUCUGAUGCCAUUUGUGGAUCUCACCUGAAGAACAUGCUGUUAGGAGCAUCAGCUUCAUUAUAACAGUGCAUCAACAGCUAAUCAAACUUGUCCUAUCCCUUCAUCCUUGAAGGAAGACAGUUGGGAAAUAAUACAGUGAACAAUGCUUCCAGUGCAGCUUUACAUAUGUAAAGUAAAACAACUGUUCCAAA